AUGUUGUCUCAAGGAAAGAUUGGAGUUGCUUUGGCAAUUCUGUCUAUGUGUGGCCUGGGCCAUACAGAAGAGAAUAUCACUUCAGAUACUCACUUUUAUGGCCAGUCUGAGCCCGUCUAUCCUUCUCCAAAGGGCAAGGGGACAGGGGACUGGGCUGAUGCAUACACAAAGGCAGCAGAGCUAGUAGCUCAACUAACACUGGAAGAGAAGAAUAACCUUACCUAUGGAAUCGCAACAACCGAAAAUGGUUGCUCUGGAAAUAUUCCAGCUAUCCCCCGAGUGGGAUUUACUGGAAUGUGUCUUCAGGAUGCUGGCCAGGGAGUUCGUUUUACCGAUUUUGUUAACAGCUACCCCAGUGGUAUCCAUGUCGGAGCGAGCUGGAAUAAGACUCUCGCGCACGAUCGUGCCUGGCACAUGGGUGGAGAGUUCAGGAAAAAAGGUGUUCAAGUCGCUUUAGGACCUGUUGUUGGUCCCCUUGGCCGAGUGGUAACUGGUGGCCGAAAUUGGGAAGGUCCUUCCAAUGACCCGUAUUUGGGGGGCGUGAUGGGUGCAGAAUCUGUCCGAGGUCUCCAAGACCAAGGAGUGAUCUCAAGUGUGAAGCAUUUCAUCGCAAAUGAGCAAGAGCUUUACCGAAACCCUACCCUUGAUGCCGAGAACCGCACUGUCCAAUCGCUUUCGAGUAACAUCGACGACAAAACAAUGCACGAGCUAUACCUUUGGCCAUUCCAAGACGCACUCAAAGCAGGAGCAGCAAAUAUUAUGUGCUCAUACAACCGCGUCAACAACUCUUAUGCCAGUCAGAACAGUAAGACAUUGAAUGGUCUUCUCAAGACUGAGCUUGGUUUUGAAGGAUUUGUCGUUACCGACUGGGAUGCACAGCACGCUGGCGUUGCGGCAGCUAAUGCUGGGCUUGAUAUGGCUAUGCCGGAUGGCCAAACCUUUUGGGGCAACAACUUCACUGAAGCCUUUAAGAAUGGAAGCGUUUCGGAAGCUCGUUUGGAUGAUAUGGCAACCAGAAUCAUCGCGUCUUGGUACAAACUUGGCCAGGAUGAGUCGAGCUACCCCAAGCCUGGAGUUGGAAUGCCAUACAACCUCAGCGAGCCUCAUGAUAUCGUCAACGCGUUGACUGCAGAUGCUAGGCCUGUUCUCUUUGAAGGUGCGGUAGAAGGUCAUGUUCUUGUCAAGAAUGUGAACAAGUCACUACCUUUACGGUCACCAAAAUUGUUAUCUGUGUUCGGAUACGAUGCCAAAGCCCCUGAUUCUUACAUGCCAAAUGGACAGAGCAUUCUCACCAACGCUUGGGCAAUUGGCUUUGAGCCAGCAAUCUCCCAUUUCUCGGAACUUUCCUUUGCUGCGACGGUCAUUGAUGCCCCGUACUAUAGCCAAGUUGCCUUCAAUGGUACCUUGAGUGUUGGCGGCGGUUCAGGUGCAAGCGCUGGUCCUUACCUGAGCGCACCUCUUGAUGCUCUGCAGCAACGAGCCUAUGAAGAUGGAACGGUGUUGAUGUGGGAUACUUCCGAUAACCCUGGGACAACUGGAUUGAUGGAGGCGUCUGACGCAUGCCUUGUUUUUAUCAACGCGUUCGCUACAGAGGCUUCCGAUCGGGCUGGAGCAUAUGACGACUAUUCAGAUGGUCUUAUUAACCAAGUUGCAACCACAUGCACCAACACGAUCGUCGUUAUCCAUAACGCUGGUACUCGUCUGGUGGAUCAAUUCGCAGGUCAUCCUAACGUCACUGCCAUCAUUUUCGCACACCUUCCCGGUCAAGAUUCCGGGCGAGCUCUUGUUUCUCUGCUAUAUGGCGAUGAGAAUUUCAGUGGCAAGCUUCCUUAUAGUGUGGCCAAGAAUGAAUCCGACUAUGAGAAUUUCUUUCAUGUCGGGGCGACCACUCCCUAUGGUCUUUUCCCACAAGAUGACUUUGAAGAAGGUGUUCUGACUGACUACCGUUACUUCGAUGCGAAGAAUAUCACUCUUCGAUAUGAGUUUGGCUUUGGUCUCUCCUAUACUUCCUUUGAGUUCUCGGGUCUCGAAGUUUCUUCUGUCGAGGAUGGUAUUGCCGCGUAUCCCAGUGGUGCUAUUGAACAAGGUGGUGCGGUUGAUCUGUGGGAUAUAGUUGCCACCGUCAAUGCUACCGUCCAGAACACUGGGGAUCGAAGCGGCGCAGAAGUUGCCCAGAUCUAUAUUGGCAUCCCGAAUGGACCCGUGAAACAGCUUCGUGGGUUCGAUAAGGUCAAGAUCCCGGCGGGUAAAUCUGUUCAAGUAUCCUUCCCUCUCACUCGUCGUGAUCUCAGCAGUUGGGAUGUGGUUUCCCAGAAGUGGCAGUUGCAGAGUGGGAGCUAUGAUGUCUUUGUUGGCUCCUCCAGCCGGAAUCUUCCUUUGAGAAGUACACUGAAUGUCGUGACCGACGAGAACUGA